UCCCACAGAUCCGGAGACUUGAGUUUCUCCGGCUUUCCCGGCGGAGCCUCCCCGACGCGAUCGCUGCUUGCGGGGCUCCCUCCGCCCGCCCGCUCCUUACGGGCGCCUCUGGGGUACUUUUUGGAGAGGUCGCGCGUCUUGGCGCACGUCGGAAGCGCCGCGGCCGCUUUCCGUUCCACCGAUCGGCAGCGGGGCUGGAUUUGCGCCGGCGCUGCUCUUCCUGGGCACCGGAUUUGGGGAGGGUCUCUCGCACAGAGUGCCCGCCCCGCGCCCCGCGACAAUUUGGCACAUUUUGGAAAGCGCGACGUGGCUGGCAACCAGACCUUGCCCCGCUGCUAGACACGUGUGCCGGGGUUUUCAGACAGUUUUGCCUGCAGCUUUCCUCGCCUCGCCUCCUCCUGCUAUGGAAAAAGGAGGGCGUGGGGCGACUUGGGGGGCUGGGUAGGGGCGGGGAGAGCUUUAGACGGCGGCGCACUUCGGAAGACCACCAGCGUCUCGCGUCUCCAACCCUGCGCUGAGCAGCCCAGAAGCCAAGGCGAGGGGCUCUGAACGGCUCUCUCCUCCUCCUCCAUCUCCACCUCGUAUUUCAACCCCCCCCCCCAAGAUGGCAGCUAUCCAAGCCCUCCAGCAGUGGUGCAAGCAACAGUGUCAAGGAUACCGGGAUGUCAGCAUCACUAACAUGACCACUUCUUUCCGGGACGGCUUGGCCUUCUGUGCCAUCCUUCAUCGCCACAGGCCGGAUCUCAUAAACUUCAAUGCUCUGAGCAAAGAAAACAUCUAUGAAAACAACCAGUUGGCUUUCAAAGUGGCCGAAAUGGAACUGGGCAUCCCAGCCUUGUUGGAUGCGGAGGACAUGGUCGCUCUCAAAGUCCCCGACAGACUGAGCAUCCUCACCUACGUCUCCCAAUAUUAUAACUAUUUCCAUGGACGUUCGCCAAUUGGAGGAAUGUCUGGCAUAAAACGCCCGUCUUCCGCACCCAGCGAGGAGCCGAUGGGGAAGAAGGUUGUUUCUGAACCGGUGGCGCCAGCCCCCAGCAAGCCCCCGCGAGUCCUGCCGCCAUCUGAACCCAAGACAGUUCCAGCCUCUCGCAAUCUGGCGAAGGAGAACUCACCGGUGGCAGCGAGACGUAUUUUAGCAGAGACCAGCAACACGCGAAGCAGCAACUGCGCCAUCUGCGGAAACCACGUCCACCUGGUACAGCGCCUCUUGGUGGAAGGGAAGCUUUAUCACAGGAACUGCUUCAGGUGCAAAGAGUGCUCUAGCACCCUCCAAUCGGGAAACUACAAAGCUGGGAGACACGCCGGCACUUUUGUCUGUAACCGGCACGAGCAACCGACACCCCUCUGGGAUUCCUUGUCCUCUGGCACGAGGGAUGUCCCCACGGAGGAUAAACCUCCCGCUCCCGCCUCCUCCGCACAGAACUACUUGAAGGGACUUGAAUCCAAGACGCCAGCGCAGGAAUCCGUGAAAAUGAGCGGUGCCAUGAAAUCAGCAGCUUCUGAGCCACUGAACCCUGGGAACCACAAAGGCAGCUCUGCGUCCGCGAGCUCAAGUUCACAUUGGUCAGACGUUACCGGGAACAAACCGGAUCGUCUAGCCAUCUCCAGCACCUCUCCUUCCCCACCGCGCUGGACACCAUCGUCCGCCAAAACGCAGCAGGCACGGGAGAAGUUUUUCCAGGCCGGAUCAGGGAGCUCGGGACUUCCUCCGAGCAAAACGGAGCCGGUUAAAAACCAAGGCUCUCUUUUGAACCCUCCUUGGGUCUCCGGGAGAGCAUCCUUUUCCGGGACCCACACGUCGGGGUCCGGUCCGGAUGUCGGCGAGAAGGACAGAGCACGGAGCGUCCUGAUGCAGGCAUUGCCAGGGCUUCAGUCUUCCUCCAACAGGACUAGUGGCUUCUCUAGCGCCUCGCCCGGCUCGACGGCAUCCAGCACCAGCAAGCCAUCUCCAGCCACCUCUGGCACACAGCAUCUCGAGACGAAAAGCAUCUCGGACUGGAAGCCUUCCAGGCCUGUCAGCGUGCCGGCUGCCACGGGAGAUCCACGGAAAGGACCCCGGACACUUUCACCCGGCCUCGAACGUUCGCCCAAGGACCUGGGUGGCAAAGCGGGCAUCGGGGUGGCCCCCCAGAGCAGGCUCAAGGAUCAGCCCCCCAGCAGACCUGCAGCUGACUCUGGGCAUAAACUGGACGUUAAGGUCUCCAAAGCGGGAGCCACGAGCGUUACGGAAGAGAAAUCAGAAACGCCAGCGGACUGGAGGUCCCGGCUGAAGCCGGUGGCAAACAGAGUCCCUGGCCACGGUGACCCCAGAACCGCUCACAAACCUGCAGAUGUUCACAGGGCAGCUGCUGACAUAACUCUGAGUCCAGUGCAGAACGACAAAAAGCCAGCUCAUUCAACAGCCUCCCUGGCGAAUCGGGAAACUGCUUCGUCAGCUGAUCAACCGCCAAAGAAAACACUGCUGGUGCCUCCCGUGGAUAUUUCCAGUGGCUGGAGGUCCCCCAAGCAGCAGUGGGAGGAUAUUGCCGCAACCAAGAAGGCCGAGGGGCUGAGCCCCUCCAGGAAGGCCGUUGCGCCCGUGAGGCCGUCUCCUCCUAGAGUCCUCCAGAAGUCUCUGACCGGUCGAGCGGUGUCUCCCCCCAAGCGCCACCCAGACUACAUCCCCGAGGAGGAAAUCCAGAAGGAAGUCCGGCAGAUUGAGAAGGAUUUGGACAAGCUGGAGCUCAAAGGGGUGGAUAUGGAGAAGGAGCUGAGGAACUGCGAGGGAGAUGAGAGCGAGGAUGGCCUGAUGGUGGAAUGGUUCAAGCUGAUCCACGAGAAGCAGCUGCUGCUGAGGCGGGAGUCUGAGCUGAUGCACAAGAUGAACCAGCAGAAGCUGGAGGAAAAGCAGUGGGACAUCGAGGGCGAGCUAAGGAGCCUCAUGAGCAAAUCUGAGUUCUCAAAGACGCCCAGGGAGAAGGCCCGUGAGGAGGAGCUGCUGGCGUUGUACGUGGCCACCGUCAACGACCGGAAUAAAAUCGUGGAGGACCUGGACGAAGACCGGCUCAGGGAAAUUGAAGAAGAUGAAGUGAUAGCGGCCAUGAUCCAGAAGCUCGACGUGCCCCGUAACACCCAGGAAAGCGAAAAGAAGAAAACGAAAUUCGGCUUAUUCCAUAUGUUGAAGAUAAAGAACUAGGUGGAAGAGUGAAGUUUCCUCGGAGACAAAGAGUCCGUUUUCCAUUGGUGAUGGAGUAGCCAUUCGGCCUCUCUUUUCUGCUUUGGGAGAGUAAAAGCCAUUUUGGCCAAAAAAGAAGAAAAAAAAGAGGAAGCCGGAGAACCAAACAAGGGGUUUAUUCAAAACCUGGAAAGUGGACAGUCAGGGAUGGAGUUUCCCUGGUCCAGAUCCGUGAACUGAACAGGCCUUGAAAGCAAACUUGAUAGACUCGCUGGCAUCAUUUGGAGAGCAAAUAUGUUCAUUGGCUGGUGUUUCUCUGUACACUAGUCUGUCUGGAGAAUCCCAGUCCGGCCUAGAGCAAUUCAGGAACUCUCUUUAGGAGCAGUUUCUCCCUCCUCUGCUACCAAGCGAGUACAGUCGUACCUUUGUUCUCAAACUUAAUCCAUUCCGGAAAUCCGUUCCAAAACCAAAGCAUUCCAAAACCAAGGCGCACUUUCCAAAAGGAAGUAAUGCAAAAUGGUUUAAUCCGUUCCAGACUUUUAAAAGCAACCCCUAAAACAGCAAUUUAACAUGAAUUUUGCUAUCUAACGAGACCAUUGAUCCAUAAAAUGAAAGCAAUCAACAACGUACUGCAGUCACACAAUCAAUCAAUCAAUCAAUAGCUGAACUGGGUUCCACACAGUCACAAAACAAAAAAAGCCACAAAAACAAGAACCCAAAUAAAUAGCAAAAACAGACAGACACUCAAAACGGAAGUGUGGCACUCAAAACGGAGCACAUUCGGCUUCCAAAAAAAGUUCGCAAACCGGAACACUUGCUUCUGGGUUUGCAGUGUUUGGGUUCCAAGUUGCUUGAGUACCAAGGCGUUUGAUUUCUGUAAUUGGGGAUGGAUGUAGAGCUGCCAGAAGCCUUAUGGCUUUCCCCAAAUAAUUCUGGGAAGCGUAGUUUGUUAAGGGUGCCGAAGGCUCUUAAGAGGCCUCUGUUCCCCUCACAGGGCUACAAUCAACAGAUUUCCCUGUAAAGAGGGAUUGCAAAACCACUCUGAGGCCAUGUUCAUACCACACAUUUAAAGCACUAUCUUACCUCUUUAAACAGUCGUGGCUUCCCCCGAAGGAUUAUGGGAGCUGUGGUUUUGUUAAGGGGUGCUGAGAAUUCUUAGGAGCCCCACCCCACCCAGCUACAUUUUCCAGAGUGGUUCAACAAUGGUCACUGUACAUUUAAAACACUGUAAUAGAUGCUUAAAUUUUUAAGCUACCCCCAAAGAAAUCUGGGAGUUGUCGUUUGUUCACGAUGCUGGGAGCCCCUCCCAGAACUACAGUUCCAAGACUCCCCUAGGAAGAGGGAGACACUCUGAGAAUUGUAGCUCUGGGAGGGGAAUACGAGUCCUCUGACAACUCUCGGCACCCGCAGCAAACCACACAGUUCCCAGAAUUCCUUGGGGGGGGGAAGCCAUGGCUGUGUUAACGCACUGUCCUUAGGCUAGUGUCGAGCAGAGAGGAGGGUGGCUUUAACUGUGUGGGGGCUGCUGAAUUGGGCUUGGGUGUGCAUGCCAGGCGCAGAGGACCCAUAUAGAAGCAGCCCCCCCACCAGUUAGAGCGGGGGCCCCUGCUUGUGCGGUGUGAAGGUCGACUCUCCUUCCUUGGAGGUUUUAAAGCAGAGCUUGGAUGGCCAUCUGACAUGGGUGCUUUAUCUGGGAUUCCUGCAUUUCAGGGGGUUGGACUAGAUGACCCCUGGGGGUCCCUUUCAACUCCGCAAUUCUAUGAUUCUGUGUGUGGGGAGACCAACUCGCUGUGAACAUUUCCUUCUAACCACUAGGUGGCAGCGCAGCUCUCAGCAAGCCGGUUUGCCCAGAGCACGGACCAGUUGACUUUUUCUUCUUUUCAAAACAAACCUCAGGAAGUCGUAUUAAAGACAGAAGGGAGGGGUGGGGAAAACAAAUAAGGGAAAUUUGUUCUUUUCUUAUAUAUAAAAGAAUGACAACAUCCAAACACGCGCGCCCGUGUAGCUAGCCGGUUGCUCCCGCGAUGGGCUUCCUUUUUGCACUUGUUUGUAUUAAAGCAAGAAUGAUUUAAACGGUGCCGGUUUAUAUAACGUGGCUUGGCUUUGGUGGCUCAGGGGAAGAAAUGGCCUUUUAACUCAUCUGAAUUUCACCUGGUGUUUAUACUGGCAGCCAAGGGAGAGGACUUUUGGCAAGUAAAUAAUAUUAAUAAAAAAGGGGACAAGCAGAUUUUUUUUUAAAGUGGGGGACCUUUAAUUGUCCGCCUUCCUUUUUAAAAAGUAGCUCUGUGGCCAGUUCAGGUACACAGGUGGGGUUGAUGCCCUCAUCAUCCAGUUAAAUAUUUAGAAUAGGACCACACACCAUUCUUCAUGGGAGUGCCUGCGAAGGUCUUUCCUGCCUAUUCUUAGCCACAGGAUCCUUUUCCUGACCAGGAGUUUGCAGAACUAUUCCCAUUUUCUUUUUAGUGAGGUGGGUUGGGAAUUGUGCAGAGUUAAUUCUCAAAGGCAUAUGAAAGGCUUCCAUCUCCUUUGGACACCAUGCAUUUAAAGUGCUGUGGGACCAUUUCAAACAGUCAUGGCUUCCCCCCGCGCCAGAGAAUUCUCCCAUCAAAUUUGUGCGCACGGAAAUUGGGAGGAUCAUUUCAACCCAUUUCUUCGGGAAAGAUUGUCCCAACAGUUUCUGGGGAGUGGGGUUCAUUAUUUGCAGAAGCAGAGCUUCCCCCCCCAAAAAAAGGGUUUGGGUUUUUGUGUGCGCAGUGGCUACAAGGAAGAUAAGAAAUUGUUGACUUCCCAACUGCACUUUUGCAACUGGAUGGAACCAUGGUGGGUGGGGGUGGGCAUGGUAGACAUACCAUAAAAACAGACGAGAAUAUUCAGGAGAGAUUCUGCAAAGUGGCCUUAUUCUUUGAGGUGAGUCAAGGAAGAAUCUGGGAUUAAUUUGGGACUAUUUAAUGCCCCACCUCUCCGCCACACACACACACCUUUAAAAAGUCAUGGGAAUUGAUUGCAAAGCCCUCCAACAUUUCUCCAGUGAAAAUAGGGAUAUCCUAAGGAAAAGCAGGACAUUCUGGGAUCAAAUCUGAAACUGGGAUGGCUUCUUAAAUCUGGGACUGUCCCUAGAAAAUAGGGUCUGUGGUCCAGGCAGCCAUGUAUCCAAUGGGGAUCCAAUUGUGAGAUAGAUCCAACCAGAAGAGUUAGCUAGGACUAUGUGCUCAGGACUUGGCACAUCAAGAGAUGGCAUGGGGCAUAAUCUAUGUGGUUGGCACACAACACAAAGCCUCCAGAUUGGCCAGGCCUUGCAGGAUCAGACCAAGGGCCCAUCUAGUCCAGGAUCCUUUUCUCACAGUGGCCAACCAGAUGCCCAUUGUAGGAAGCCUGCCAACAAGACCUGGGUGCAAUAAUGCUGCCCCCACUUGGGAAUCCUAGCAACUUGUAUUCAGAGGCAUAGCAGAGGAAGAACAUAGAGCCUUCGCAGCCAUUGAUUGUCUUCUCCAGGCUAAGGGUGUUCUCCACCCUGCAAUGAAGUGGAGAAGCUGAGAUGCAACUUGUUCAACGAAGCAAAGGCGUUUGUCCUGGCGAGGUUGUGGCAGGAGAAGGCCUUGGUCCACUGCGCGAUGCUCCUGGGAAGUUUCGUAGACCCUCCAGGCGACAGCCCAGGAAUGAUGUGAGCCUGAAACUGACAAGGCUUAAGUGGGCGUCUCAUCUUGAAACUCCCCAUUUCUGGGCCAGUUGGAGGAGCUUACUGGAUGCAUAUCAAAGCCUUCACGCAAAUUGUGGCGGCGUGAUGGAGGUCUAGAGUGAAAGUGAUAAGACCCAUAUCAAGGGAAUAACUUAAUUAACCGGUCUUGAUCAAAGAACUGCAUGGAUUCAAUAGCCCAGUUUCGAGAGCUAAAUGAGGACAUUUAAAGAAACUGUACUUGACUGCAUUAUCAAUUUUCCUGGCCAAAGAGCUUUGAAGUAGAAUUAAGCAGGGACAGGAAAUUGUCCCUCCCCCAUCCCUCGAAUGCCAAGUGGCUCUCUGUUUCACUAGCAAAGGGAUACUUGAGAUCAUCAGAAGCACAGUUCAAUGGGCAAACAGAUUUCUUGCGCAGCCUCACCGAGAUGGACCACAAAUGCCAGGAGUCUCUUAUCAUUGUCACCAAAGAGAACCAACAUUUAUAGCAUGCCAUCCACCUGGGCACCUGCAAAAGUCAUAUGUGCUCAUCCCAGGCGAGUGCUCAUCCCAGCGCUGGGAGGAUUCAUGGAUUCAGAAGGAUCAGUCCUUGGCAAAUCCACUUAGGAGCAAAAGAAGCUUCCUUGUACAAAGGCAGACACUUGGUCUGGCAAGCUUAGUAAUGCCUGCCUGCAUUGUCUGGUUCUCCAGGGUUUCAGGGCUGCAUGGAGAUGCCAGAGAUUGAAUCUGGGAUCUUUGGAAAAUGGAGCAUGUGGCCUGCCACUGAGCUAGAAAAGGAUCUCCGGCUGCAGGACUUGGAAAGAUGAGCGACUCUGGAGUUGUGGCGCUCAUCUCGCUUUCAGGCCGAGGGUGCCGGUGUUUGUCCACAGACAGCUUUUCCUGGUCAUGUGGCCAGCAUGACCAAACCGCUUCUUUUGCAACAGAACACCGUGACAGAAACCAGAGCGCACAGAAACACCGUUUACCUUCCUGCCACAGCAGUACCUAUUUAUCUACUUGCAUUGGCGUACUUUCGAAUUGCUAGGUUGGCAGGAGCUGGAUCAGAGCAACUAGAGUUCACCCUGUCACGGGGAUUUGAACUGCUGACCUUCUGAUCGGCAAGCCCAAGAGGCUCGGUGGUUUAGACCACAGCGCCACCUGCGUCCCUACUUGGAAAGAGACCUGCUAUGUAAGUAGACUAGCCUUCUUCGGCCUAAUGCUAUUGACCUGAUGUUGUGGAGCUCCAACUCUCACCAGUCCCUGAGUUCAGGGAUGAUGGGACUUGUAGUCCAAAACUUCAAGAGGGCCCGAAGCUGGGCAAGGCUGGAAGAGGCAGUUCUGAGUUAGCUGGACGAAUGAUCUGACUCGGCUGGAAGCAGCAUCCUUUGCACAAACGGUGGGACCCAAUUCCCCUGCUUCCUAAGCGGUAUGUUCUUGGACCUAUUAAUUGCUUGUGAACUUUCCACAUCAUCUCAGCAGCUGAGCUUGGGGGUCUAGGCGAGGGGCUCCUGUCAGUCAGCUGAAACCAGAGCCAAGCAGAACCAACGGAAAUGAAAGUUUGCAAAAUCUGCAGGAUGCCUUUUCUUUACACAGCACACCGUUAAACUAUGGAUCUGUAAUGGUGCUGGUUGCUUCCUCAUGAGUAAUCCGCUCCAAACUCUGUGGCUGGUUUUUACAGAGUUUUAUUAUAUACAUAUGUACAAGACAGAGCAACAAAAAGCAUGACCGUUCUAUCCCGAAUCAGAAUCCGGAAGCACCGCCCUUCGUGACUUCCGCCAACAGAACACGCUGGGCGUUCGGAAUCUCCUCCUCUCUGCGCACCUCUUUUCACCCCUCCGCUGUUGGGGUGAUGGGGCUGGUGGAGAGCCCUCCCCACUAGAACUGCCCAGCUGGGGGGCUGGUGCUGUCUCCUCUGGCACCUCCCCCUCCUGAGCGCUCGGGUCCGACCCUCCAACACUUCCCUCUGGGAACCUUCCCCUCUCAGCAUCCUCAAGGCUCUGCACCGCUUCCUGAGGGUCCGAAGCGCUGCCAUCCCGGGCUCCUACUGCACCGGAGAGCCCCUGUCCCCACUUCCUGGACUCUCCGCUGACCCCUGGUGGUCCCCUGACAGGAUCCCACUCACCCAAGAGGCAGCGAUGGCCGCCAAUCUACCGUAGAUGGCUUUAAAAGAGGAUUUGACAAAUUCAUAGAAGAGAGGAAUAUCAAGGUCUACUAAGCAUGGUGGCUAGGCUCUGCCCCAGUUGCUGGAAACCACAGAAGAGGAGAGUGUGCUUUUGCUAUAUUCAUUCAUUCAUUCAUUCAUUCUGUGAACCACCCAGAGCCCCCCUGGUAUAGGGCGGUAUGUACUGUUCUAAGCAACUCUCUGUUCAUUAAUAAUGGUGUCCUGCAACCACCACCCCCAAUAUGAUUUUAUAACAGUACAUUCA